AUGGAUGCUGAUGUGCGCUGCCAAGUCGAGGGGAUGUUUAGGUCCACCUUGGCAGACCCAAACGGCCUUCUCGUGCGAGAAAGUUGCAUCGAAUUUCUCCUUUCGAUUGGCGGUACCCCCGAAGAGGCGAACGCGCUGCUCAAAGAGUGUGAUCGGGGUCGAGAUGACACUCACAUUAGCGUCACGAACUUCUUGGAUGUCCUAUGCGGCCCUGCAGAGUUAGCUGCGGGCAGGGAAGCGAAGGACUCCGCCGAGCAGCCGCCACAAACUUCAGAGGCGAGCGACACGGGGAAACAGACCCUGGAAGCAUCGGCCAAGGAGCCUCCACUAGUACAAACACCGAAGGUGCAGAGUGCUCCCGAGAGAAUAGAAGAAAAGCCGCAGAUCAAGGAGUCUGAGGUAGUCAAAGAAGCAGAAGAGCCCUCCACCGAAGGGAAAGCCGAGGAGCAGCCUGCUGAGCCCGGCCCAGCAGACCCGGCGGCCGAGGAAGCACCAGACAAGGAAGACCCCAACCUGACGACCACAGCCACAACGGCCACUGCAGAAGGCAUGCAGGAGGACGACUCCACUGCAACCCUGCCGACACCUGCAGAAGAAGUCAAAGUUGAAAGCGAGGCUUGCGACAAGGGGGUGGAAUUCCACCACGACCCUUCAGACAUGGAUUGGUACUAUGAAUCGUCCUUCAUGCAGUCCAACAGACUCGUAAAAGUGAAGGAGGGAAAAAGAUGGAAAGAAAUGGACCUGCUCCAGGCAUGGAAUUCGCACCCAAUUCCACGAUGGCCUCCGCGCAUGCCACCCUGUGGACCGGUUUCGGCGGACGGUGACCCGACGAGCAUUGGCGACGCUUGGGUCCCCGUUCACGUGCACGUGAACCCUGGCUUGGUUGGACAGUGGGCUCGCCAGUGCACGCGAGAGUACCGGCCCUAUCCUGGAGAAGUGAUGCGCAAGAGGUACAGAAUCGAGCAUGCCAUCGGCGCGGGGCACUUCACGCGUGCAUAUCUCGCGACCGACGUGGAGACCAACGAGAAGGUCUGCAUCAAGCGCCACAAUGGGCUGACUGUCGAACUACUGACGGACUUGCUCACCAUCGGUCGGCGCAUAGAAUCGGUGGACCCUGAGUUCAAAUGCUUUUCCAGGCUGGUCGAAGCUUUCUUCGACAUGGUGGGAUACACUGUGGAGACACUCUUCGAGGGGCGAAACUGCACCGAGAUUUGCCGGACAAAUCCAAUGCACUUCAAGAAUUUGGACAAUCUUCGGGUUGUUGCCGUCGGAUGCUUGCGCGGCUUGAAGCUUCUGGCAGAAGCAGGCGUCGUGCAUUGUGACAUGAAGGCGGACAACUUCAUGUGGACAAAGACGGAUGAAGGGGAGCCAACGGUUCGAUUGGUGGAUUUUGGCUGUUCUCGGCUGGACAGCCGCUUGGAGAGUGGGCGGAACUGGAGCUUUGCGGAAGGUGGUGCAGGCCACAUCGGGAAAUGGGCGCCUGAGAUGAUGCUGCGAAUCCCAAUCACGGACAAAGCCGAUGUUUGGGGCCACGCGGUCGCCCUGCUCGAGCUCUACUGCGGACGCAACAUGUGGAAUGAGGAGGAAGAUACAGUGGAGUACAUGCUGGCGCAAGCGCUUGGCCUCGUGAACUCCAAGAGUGGACUGCCCGAGAAGCUUCUUCGACGAAGCCCACUCGACAUCAGACAGCUGUACACUCCUUCCCCGGCAUACUUCCCGGUUCAGCGCCUUGGUGUCGCCCCCAACAUUAGCUUCAAGGAGCUUCGGCCGGCGACGUGGGGUCUGGCGUGCGUCCUUGGCGACGAGUCCGAGUGGGAUGAGAUGAAGACGGAGCUGGCGAACUAUGUGUGCAAGUCCAUGAACCUGGAUCCAGAUGACAGACCAUCCGCCGUGGAACUGAUGUCCCACAAGUUCGUCGGCAUGGAAGCCGAAGCUGCCGCUUCAGAUCUUUCUCCUUGA